AUGGAAGUGAACGAGAAGGAGGUUGAUGGAGAGAUCAGGAAAACCACGUCGAAGAGAAAGAUUCCCGAGAGAGGCAGCGUCUCCUGUGCAGCAGUACAUCACGUAUUAAGUUGUGUAGAGAGCUUGACUAGCACUAAAGAGGUGCCUUGGUACAUGUCCAGGCUCUCUCGGUACACACAGAUCGUCCGUCGCAUGGCCUGGAUACAACGUUUCGUCGGUAACUGUAGAAAUCGUCGAAGAAUUUGCAUCAGUGGGCCACUUUCCCUGGAAGAGGUAAGAAAAGCCGAACUAACGCUUUUUAAAUUGGUACAGGAGGAGAGUUUUGCGGGUGUAGGCGAUCCACGUCUCGUAGGAAUGACAAUCUUCAUGGACUCUGAUGGACUCAUACGUCUGAAGUCUUUGAUUUCCAAUAGGAGCGAUGAGUUGGGUUUUCGUCUCCCGAUUGUCCUGGAUUACAGACAUCCUCUUGUACAGAAGCUUAUUUAUCUCCAGCAUCUUGUUCUAAAUCAUGGCCCAAUCGACUACAUCAUGAACAAGCUUCGAGAAGAGUACCGGGUGCUCUGCUGCAGAAGGGCAGUACAAUCCAUCGUUCGUCGCUGUAUCGUGUGCAAACGUCACACUGUCAAACGACUAGAAGCUGUGCCUGCUCCCUUGCCGGAAGCGAGGGUGAGAGAUGCUGUGGCGUUUGAGGUGAUUGGGGUUGAUCUAGCUGGACCCUUGUAUCUCAGGAAUGGUGAUAAGGGCUGGGUAGUUCUCUUCACGUGUGCUGUUUUCCGAGCCGUACACCUGGAACUGGUCACGUCACUAUCCACCGAUGCAUUCUUGGAGUCGCUAAGACGUUUUAUUGCUCGCAAGGGACGCCCAGCUAUCAUUUACUGCGAUAAUGGCACCAACUUCGUGGGGGCGCACAAUCUACUGCGAGGACUAGACUGGGCAAAGGUCGUCGCCCGCGGAGUGUUGGAGAGGAUCGAGUGGCGCUUUAAUCCACCCUCGGCUCCCUGGUGGGGAGGAUGGUGGGAGCGCCUGGUACGAGUGACCAAAGAUCUCCUGAAGAGGACCCUGAAGAAAACAUCCCUGACGUAUGAAGAACUCCAGACGACAUUGUGCGAUUGUGAAGCUGUGAUUAAUUCUCGUCCAUUAACGUAUUUGGCCGAGGACCCAGAGCAACUGAUCCCACUUUCCCCAGACAUGUUCCUGAGGGAUCUCCGUUUACACGGAGUCGCCGACCUGGAUCAGGUCGAUGCCCAGGCCCUGACAAGACGCCUACGAUAUCGACAAAGACUCAAGGAUGAACUUCGCGAACGCUUCCGUGUUGAGUAUCUCGGGCAGCUAGCUCGAAGGAGUUUCGAGAAGGGAUUGAACGGCAGCCUCAAAGAGGGGGACCUGGUGUUCGUCGGUUCUGACAACACAAAACGUCUGGAUUGGCCUCUGGCUAGAGUGAUUGAGGUUUUUCCGGGAAAAGACGGUGUUGUCAGGGUGGUUCGAGUGAAAACGGCGAUUCAGACCCUGACAAGGCCUAUCCAAAGGUUGUUCCCACUCGAGUUGUCCUCUUCCGAGGCCUCUGAAUUGACUGGCGAAACCAGCACUUCAGGGUGUGAGCCUGAGCAGCUAUCUACAGUGGAGAAUACUCCUAUGACUGCUCCAUGGAAGACGGUCACGCGUAAGCAUACUAUAAAGAAGAACAUACCCAGAGCCAACGUUGGUCUUGAACGAGAAAAACCCAGCAGCCCCAUCGUUACCAGGGGUGGGCGGGUGGUUAGAGCCCCAAGGAAAUUACAAGACUAG